CCGAGUUCUCUCUCCUCGUCAUCAUAUAAAAAUUUCACUCUCUCUGUAAUCAGCUCAAUUCCCCUUUUGAAACCCUAAUCGCAAGGAUCUCUGAAUCCAAUAAGCAAUUGAAUAAGGUUCCUCGAUCUGCUUGAAAUUUUGCGAUGGCGGAGCACUUGGCGUCAAUUUUCGGUACAGAGAAGGACCGAGUUAACUGCCCAUUCUACUUCAAGAUCGGCGCGUGCAGGCACGGCGACCGCUGCUCCCGCCUCCACACCAAGCCGAGCAUCAGCCCCACGAUCCUUCUUUCCAACAUGUACCAGCGCCCCGACAUGAUUACUCCUGGCGUCGACGCUCAGGGCCAGCCGAUCGACCCCAAAAAAAUGCAGGAACACUUCGAGGACUUUUAUGAAGAUUUAUUUGAGGAGCUAAACAAAUACGGAGAGAUUGAAAGCUUGAAUGUUUGUGACAAUUUAGCUGAUCAUAUGGUUGGCAAUGUUUAUGUCCAAUUUAGGGAGGAAGAGCAUGCUGCUAAUGCUCUUCAAAACCUGACUGGGCGGUUCUAUGCAGGACGCCCCAUCAUUGUUGAUUUCUCCCCAGUGACUGAUUUUCGUGAAGCCACCUGUAGGCAGUAUGAGGAGGACGCAUGUAACCGUGGUGGCUACUGUAACUUCAUGCAUCUGAAAAGGAUUAACAGGGAGUUGAGGCACCAAUUAUUUGGGAGGCGUAGGAGUAGACACAGCCGUAGCAGGAGCAGGAGUCCCUAUCGGCACCGUAGCUAUGAUGACCGCUCACAUGAGAGUCGGAGUCACAGCAGAAGGUAUGAUGACCACGAUCGCCAUGAAAGUCGAAGCAGGAGGCGCAAGAGCACAAGUCCAAGAAGUAGGAGGGGUAGAAGCCGAAGUCCAGGUGGCAGGAGGAAUCGUAGUCCUGUUAGGGAAGGUAGUGAAGAAAGACGUGCUAAAAUUGCACAGUGGAAUAGGGAGAAGGAAGAAACAGAACGUUCUGGCAACAAGGCAAAUGCUGGUGAUGAGGAUAGCAGGGCUAAAAAUGACCACUCUGGAAAUAUAGAUAACGGAGGACACAAUGAACCGACACAGUAGGACGGAUAUGGGUAUUGACGAUAUUAGCACUGGUGGUGUGCAGGUUUUCAAUUCUGUCAUAUGCAACAUGAUAAAUAUAUGUUUCUUAGUACCAUUCAUUAUGUCCAUCGUGCUUUUCUUUCCCUUUUUCUGUUUUUUCGCUGAAGUAUUGUUCGAGUUUGGUUUCCCGUAUAUAUAUAGUCUUCAGCCCUAAACCUUUUGAAGGAGCUGUAAUUGCUUUUUGACUUUUACUUCCUGCCAGUCUCCCUCUCAACUAGAUCAAAGUUGAAUUUGUCUCCUGCAUUCAUCUGUAUGUUUGCACGCAAUCUGUGUGAGGAAGCUAUUGUUCUGUGCUAGCUCUGAUAAUUUUUCUAAAAUGAUCUUAUAAUCCCCUAGCUAUUCUCAAGAUGUUGUGUACACACAACAUCGAUGUCUUGUAUUUCUCCAAAAAAAGUCGUGCUCCAAUUUUCAUUACCUUUGUUUUGUUGGAUAAAAUAAUAGUGGAUUUAUAUGGUACAGUGCUUUGCAAUUUGCAUAGACAUAGACAUAGUUUAGUGGUUAGUGAGAUUUGUUUCUUGCUUGUUGAUAUUGUCUAUUGGAAGGUUCUUGUUUUUUAAUGUUGCCUCUCAUGAGUUCCUACUAGCGACCUUGCUAAUUUGGCCUUGUCUGUCUUGGUUGUUCCCUGUAAAAAAAACAUUGUGUUUGUGUGUGCAGUCAGGUAUCCUGUAGCCACAAAACAACAAGGCUAGUGAGUUUUCGCAUAUUGUUCCAAUUUAUUCCUAAGAUAUAUACUUGCAGAUCUCACACUGAUUUACUAGUUUUGCAGGUCCAGGUACCCUGCUUAGAAAGAUAUUGAGCACAGAUUUUAAUUAUAGGUUCCCAUGCAAAUUGUACAGGUAUUUUGGUUGCAGUGAGGGAAGAGUUGUAAUUUCAGGGUGAUGUCGGAUUGAGAAGCCCGUGGAGGUCAAGUUGUAGAUUCAACAAUUAUUAAGCUUCAUUUUUCCUCUUUAUAGGGAUGCUGCUGGUUUGAUCCAUUUUGCUAGUGGACCAAUGUUUUAAUUCUAUACCUAGACUUCCUCUUUCUUUUCACAUUUAUGUAAUGCUUCCCAGAAUCUUAACAGAGAGCCUAUGAAUGCUUUUCUAUGACA